AUGGAGCCAGAGGCACGCAUAGUGCUGGCGUUUGAUCUAGACAACAUGUAUGUUGCUUGCGAACGCCUCCGUAAUCCAUCGUUAGUUGGUAAGCCUGUAGGAGUACAGCAGAAGGGAUUACUCGCAACAGCUAGCUACGAGGCACGUGCCCUCGGCGUUGACAAACUUUGCAGUUUGUGGGAAGCGAAGAAACGAUGCCCGUCUCUCAUUCUCGUCAACGGGGAGGACCUCACACUAUAUCGAUACUACUCUCGACGUGUCUUCCUCCUUGUACGGUCUGUCCUUGGGGACUGUCCGGUCGAGAAGUUAGGGAUGGAUGAGCUCUUCUGCGAUGUCACCAACCUCGUGAAGGAGCACCUCCAAGAAACCCGUGACAUCUCACCAGAUCCUCGUGGCAGAUGGUUUGCUCUGGCUCGUGCAGAGUCUGGGGCACUAACAGAUUACAAGGGCUUCUGGUACAAUCCAUCUUCGGAAUGUCCUGGUCACACGAUUCCGCAAUAUGACCCCACUGUUUCUGACAACGCGACGUUACCAGAAUCCAUCCUUGCAGCUUCACACCUCGCGAACCACAUCCGACAUCUGGUACUCACACAGAUCGGCCUUGGCUCUUCGGCUGGGAUCGCCUACGAUAAGACGAUAGCUAAGCUCGUCGGUAAUAUGCACAAGCCACAUCAACAAACGACGCUCGUUGUUUCCCCGACCGCUAGUGAAGAGUAUUCGACAGUCGUUCAAACACUUCUAGAUCCGCUUAACCCUCACAAACUCAUGGGAUUCGGUUCGAAGGCCUUGCAUACGUUGAGGGAUUAUAUAAGCACUACAAAAUAUCCCAUCACGAGCCCCAGUACCAAGGAAGAUGAUAGAGACGAGUUGGCUCUAACCGUCGGACUUCUGAGAAGCAAGAUGACAGCAGCACUCUUCGGUUCUCUCCUCGGUGCACAGAAUGGUCAGAAGAUAUGGGACCUACUAGAAGGCAGAGACAACGAACCAGUCAAAAUGUCUCCCGAGUUCCCCCUGACGAUAUCGGUUGAAGAUUCGUUUGACCAGCAACGUGGAACCCUGGACUGGUCCGGCGUUCUGACCGAGAUCGAAACGUUGGCAAAUAGUCUACUGAGACGACUGGAAAUUGAGCUCGUUGACGGAGGUGAACUCGAAACUCUUGGGAGGGAAGCAGUUAAGCCGGACAGACGAAGGAAAUGGCAACGCUAUCCGUCACAGAUCAGACUCACCAUACGAGGUGGUCACUCUCGCCAGAUUGCUUACAACGCUAACCGCGAGAGUCGAUCGGCUCCCUUGCCUGUUCCCGUUUUUGACUUGGAUAUUCCACGAACAGAACGAGCACAAGGACUGAUUCGUCAACCACUAGCGGGACUUGCGAAACAGAUCCUAGACAAGGGCGGCGAACCGGUUGAGAAGUAUGAAUUUAGCAUUAUCAAUAUCGCGGUUACAAAUUUGCAAACCACAACCCCGACCAAAGCAAUCAAUGCGUUCUUUGCAGCGUCGCCCUGGGACAAGCAAGAGAACAAGAGGAUCCGGCAUUCACACGAAGCCAAGGAGCCUGCAUCUAGCAAUGGGUCCAAGCGUCGUCGUCGGACGUUACCGCCUGAUAUUGACAUCAAUAUGAUCAAAGAGCUCCCUGCAGACAUUCGAGACGAGGUGGUUCGGGAGUAUGGCAUCAUUGAAUUCGAGGAACCUCCCAGUAAGAUCAUCAAGCGCGAUGUCACAGAGCAUACUCUCGAGCUUGCAGACGAUGUCAAUCAGGCUUCAGCUACUCCAGAGUCCAACACCGUCGCCGAUGGCAAAAAAUUAUCCUCAGUCCUGGAAUCAAUGUCAGACGAUGGAUGCUGGACCUCGGAUGAUGACGACAAGAAGGCAAUGACGCCAUGUACCCUCUGUGGUGCCGUGAUAUUCGAUUGGUCCAUGGCGGCACAUAUGACCUACCAUUCGGGAUCUUGA